UGAGCGGUGACUCCAAACUCGUGAUCUCGACCUUUCACGCCCAUUUCUUUCCCAACUGCGCUAAAGAUCUUCCUGCUCAGAGAACUGCGUCCCCCGAUUUAUGAUGCUGACAUCGGGGACAGAGAGGCAACAGUCUGACACAAAUCCUCUGAAGCAGCCAUGGACCAAGCAAGAUCAGCGAUAUCCCAAAUUUUUAACAGUGAGCCGCACUCCUACACACGAUUCAACUUGCCCGAUAAUAUGGAAGGUGACACCAGCCAGGUGGAGAUGAUACAGUCGUCUGACAUGAAUGAGGAGGUUGGAGAGAAUGGCGACGAAGACCACCUUAGUCACAAGUCAAACCGCAAACCACACGUGGCUCAAAACUUUGAAUGUACAACCAAGAACCUCUGCUUCAUGGCAGCUACUAUCGUCUUCACAUUUGUCAUUGGCUAUUUGACUGGCUACCUGGUUCAUAAGAAUAAGGAUCUGAAUUGCUCCUGUGCACCUUCUGAAGAUGAUGUUACCCAUCAGACUGGUGCUGUCCCUUUCAUGGACUGGGAUGAUGUGAAAAAACUGCUUGGUGAUAAACUAAAUACAUCCAACUUAGAGAUUGCACUAAGUCAGCUGAGCAGUAGCAACCACCGGGCUGGUUCUCCUGGUGAUGAAGAUCUGGGGAACAAGGUGAUAACGAAGUUUAAGGAGUACGGCAUGAAGACCUGGACUGAUGAGUACUUUGUCAAGGUUCAGGACCCCCCAGCAUCUGGAUACAACAGAAUAGUUUUCAAGAACGGACCAGAGGAACGUCCAACAGGUUUCCUGUCCUACAGCGCCAGUGGAACAGCAAGGGGUGCAGUGCUGUAUGCCCGUUAUGGACAGGAAAAGGACCUGAAGCAGUUAAAGGACAUGAACAUCGACAUGAAUGGCAGAGUGAUGCUGGUCAGAGCUGGAAGGAUCAGCUUUGCUGAGAAGGUAGCCAAUGCAGCCAAAGUGAACGCUUCUGCUGUGCUGAUCUACCCAGACCCCAUUGAUUACCCUAUUGGAAAUGAUACUUCCCUCUUUGGACAUGUGCACAUGGGCUCUGGGGAUCCCUACACCCCAGGCUUCCCCUCCUUCAACUACACCCAGUUUCCACCUGUGCAGUCUUCAGGCCUGCCAAAUAUUUUGGCUCAGACUAUCACAACAGGCAUGGGAACCAAAAUUCUGAGGCAGCUCGGGGGUAGAGCUCAGCCAGAUGGUUGGGAGAGCAUCAACAGACUUGGAGAUGAGAGCGAUGUUAUUACUGUGGAAGUCAACAAUGUCCUUACUGAGAAAAGGAUAAAUAAUGUCUUUGGGGUCAUCAAAGGCUUUGUGGAUGCAGAUCGAUACGUGGUCAUUGGGGCCCAGAGGGAUGCGUGGGGCCCGGGCUUUGCGGCAUCAACCGUGGGCACCAGCGUCCUCGUUGAGCUGGCGCGGUCCAUCUCUGACAUGGUGGAGAACGAUGGAUUCAAACCGAGGAGGAGCAUCGUGUUUGCGAGCUGGAGCGCGGGAGAGUAUGGGAGUGUUGGCGCCACCGAGUGGUUGGAGGGUUAUUUGUCCUCUCUGAGCAUGAAAGCAGUCACCUACAUCAACCUGGAUGGCAUUGUGACAGGUCAGGAUGGAUUUAAAGUAGCAGCCAGUCCGUUGCUGCACAGCCUGAUCCAAAACACUCUGAAAGAGGUGAACUAUGACAAGGACAAGUCUCUUCUUUCUCAGUUUGGAAAGAACAACUCUGAGUCUACUAUUCUGGAGCCUCUGAGGAUGGACAGUGCUGCGUAUCCUUUCCUCGCCUUCUCCGGCAUUCCCUCAGUCGCUUUCAGAUUCCACUCUGGAAGUUCAGACUACCCGUACUUUGGCACAACCCUGGACACCCAACAAAACCUGAACUCUGUCACAGCCAGCCAGGUUCCUCAGCUGGCUGUGAGAGCGGGCCAGUUUGCAGGUCACAUAGCGCUGAGGCUGGUCCAUGACCACCUGCUGCAGAUGGACCUGAAGAAGUACAACCAGCUCAUACGCAGCCACGUGGUUCAGAUUAAUAUGAGGGUCAAGGCUGUUCAGAGGUUGCAGCCCCAGCUGUUGCCCAAGACCCUGACUGGGCAGUGGUUGGUCAUGGCCUCUGGUUCCUACAACCGUGUCUCUAGCAUAUUGACAGCUGACAUCCAGAACAGCGACCUGGAAAACAUGGAGACGUGCCGCAUGAUCAAUGACCGCGUCAUGACGGUGGAAAGGAACUUCCUGUCACCCUACGUUUCUCCGAUAGACAGCCCCUUUCGCCACAUCCUGCUGGGCUCCGGCCCCCACACCCUAAAAGCUCUGUCCAGCGACCUCGACGCUCUGAAGACUGCCAGCCCAGAGGCCAACGCCGAGCUGUUCCGCAACAAGCUUGCCCAGGCGACCUGGACCAUUCAGGCCUGUGCCAACUCCCUAGCAGGGGACAUCUGGUCUCUGGAUAAUGAAUUCUAGAAAAGUCCUGUGCCCUCCCUUGUUCAUGGUUUGGCCCUCUUAUUACAAUGGGCGGUGUGACAGCCAGUAUGAUGGUGUGAUUAACAGACAGUUUUUAAAUGGAUUUCCACAAAAUCAUCACAUCUGUUCCACGAUGUUCAUUUUCCUUUUUCUAAAAUUUUCCAUAAAACCAAUAUAUGAUAUGUCAUGAUAGAAAAUAUGUGAGCCUUCCGCUUAAAAAAACUUGAAUUUGAACCUUUGGUAUUUUAAAUAUCGCGAUCUUCAAUACUUUGGCCCUCAUCAUGCCAUGUCAAUAUCAUAGCUACAAGCCACCGAGCACAGAUGCUUGGUGUGCCCAGUGGUUGGAAAGCGGUCCUGCCAUCUGAAUCCAAAAACGCUUCUAAGGCACCGCAUGUUGAACGAGUUGAGCCGAUGUUCCCGCCUCAUUUAGGUGAUCCAGGUUUCACGUCCAUACAGUAAGGGGCUGUUGACACAGUGCUGGUACACUUUGAUCUUUGUGUGGUCAGUCAGUGCUUUAUUUCUACACACCCUGCAGGACAAUAAGGCCACGAUAGUGUUUACCUCAGUGUGGGCCACGAGGGUAAAGAGCAUCUCCCUGCUCUAUCCUGACUUUGGUCUUCAAGCACAGAAAACAGCAAAUGUGACUAUGACUUUGACCUUGUGGGUAAGGACUAAUUAGGAGCUCAUUGUGUGCAUGUUUAGCUAAAAAAAGACAAAUACUGUAGGAGCAGUGAUUAUCGAUUAUGAAAGGAUGGACGGACAAUGUAUACCUCUGGCUUAAGCUCAUCCUUUGUCCUAUACCAUGGAGAACAUCAGUCCUUUGGCUGGAUGAAAUAAAAAUGAAAAACAACCAUCACAAUAUCACUUUAGCAAAAGCAUCUCAGAGUACCUGUUAUUAAAAUCAGAGGCCAGAGCUUUUUCAUAUGAUGGAUCAUCUAAAGAAGCACAGUUUCUGAACCAUCAUUUCAGGUCAUAAACAUUCACUAUCAUUACCAGCAGCUGCUAAUGUCCGGAUUAGCUGGGAUGUCUUCUUGUCCAAUAUUGUCUGGAAAACUUUAACGCUAACUGCAGUGGUUUCAUCCUGAUUUGUUUGAAGAAAUAAUAAAGGGGGCACCUCACUCUUCUCUUUUUCUUGCAUUUGUUAAACCUGCUUCUGCUUGUUUCACCUUUAAAGUACUGCAAUUUUAGCUAAAAUUGGAAGAGACCACUAGCCUCAACAGUGUAGGGGAGUAGGACACGUGAAAUAAUGACUACUGUACUCUACCAAAGAUCAGAUUUUUGGUAUGACAGAAAAAGUGCACUUAUUUGGGUACAUAUAUGGUUUCAAGGUGUAAGGUUUAAGAGAAUACGUAACCCACCCCUCUCGCCAAAUUUACGUUAUUGGUUGGCCCCCAAUUGUGUGUGGGGCACUAGGCCUGAGGCCUGUAAGCCCAUUUCAUCUGGCCCAGCUGAUCUGUUCCAUCUUCAAGCUCUACUAUUGAAGGAAUUUUUGCUUUAAAGAAAGGAGUGUUACAAACACAUACCAUGGCCACAGCAUUGUGGUCCAGUAUUAUUUCCAUAACUAAUCACCACUCUACACUGUGGAUUUAGUUUGAAUGAAUAAAA